GCAGAAAAAUGUCGCUAAAAAGCUCUGUGGUCGACCAGCACCGUAACCGGAAGUAAGUCGGCGUGACUCAUCUUGUGCUGUAUCUUUGUUACAGGACGUACAGAAGCUAACGGUUGUAUUUUUGACCAACAGCGCCUCUCUGUGGCCACAAAUGGUCUCUAGCUGUCACUAUUUGAAUAUAUUUAUUUAAAAAACGUGCUACAGUGCGAGGCGGGUCAUUUUUGCUAACUGACAGAGUAUUUAUUUCAGUUUGAGGUUACAGGAAGUCGUUGUUGUUCCGCCGGCUAGCAGCAGAGUUUACUGCCUGCGCAGAGCAGAAAACUGUCAACUCAUGUUGGUUCGGAGUCCAUGUUGUCUUCCAGAGCGGCCGUAGCAGCGGGCAUCACUCUCAUCACCGUGGCCGAACACAUGAGCUCCGUGGCGGGAACCGCUCACUGUGGGCUCCGUGGGGCGCACGGCUCCGGCAGCCCGAACGGGAGGCGACUGCAGCGGCUGGUCGGAGUCUCCGGCUGCGGUCCGAACCGGGUCAACGACCUGCUGCUGCUGCGGCCCGAAUCAGACGGAGAGAGCUGCUCCGGAACCAAGGAGAGGGGCAGCAACAGACACGUUGUCUUCUUCCACGGAGACAUUCAGAACUUCAAGGAGGAGAUGGCUCUGCAGCCGGAGGCGGCUCAGUGGCUGUCCUGGAGUCUGGAGCAGGUGGCCCUGGUUCUGGGCCGGCGGUUCCCCAACCGGACCAUCUGGGUGGUCAAAGCCUCCCGCAUGUACCUCAACAAGUUCAGCUGCUACCAGAACUUCGUGGAGAGCAACAUGUUCGGCGCGCCGGAGCACAGCGCCAACGGCGGAGCUUUUCCCCAGCUCAGGUCGCUGCUGACCAACGCCAUGGAGCGGGCCAGUCCGCCGCCUGCAGGGGGCGCCGGCGGCCUGCCGCCCGGGUUCUCCCUGACCCUGGUGGGCUUCAGUAAGGGCUGCGUGGUUCUCAACCAGCUGGUGUACGAGCUGCCCGGGGCGCGCGCCGACCCCAACAUGGCCGCCUUCGUGCGGCAGAUUUCGGACAUGUUCUGGCUGGACGGGGGCCACCCGGGCGGCAGCCGCACCUGGGUGACGGACCGCGAGGCGCUGCGUGAGCUGGCGGCCAGCGGCAUCUCCGUGCACGCGCACGUGACCCCCUACGAGGUGCGCGACCCCAUGCGGGCCUGGGUGGGCUGCGAGUACGGCGUGUUCAUCCAGACCCUGGAGGAGCUGGGCGCCUGCCCCAGCAGGAAGCUGCACUUCCAGGACGAGCCGCCGUCCAUCCAGAACCAUUUCCGGGUCAUCCUGGAGUUCUGAGUUCUGCUUCCUGUUUUGGUCUUAGAACUUUACGAACGAGACGGGAAACAUGUUUACAUUUGAUGAAACGUUUAAAAUUCAUGUUAAUUUAAUAUUUAACCUAAUUAUAUCUGAUGUAGCUUUCAGAGUACAGAGGACCAGAAAUGACUAAAUUAAACAUCAUUAAGUUAAAUAAAUGUUUGGUUUAAUAAACAUAAAUGGUUCCUGAUGGACGACUUUGACUGCAGGAACAGGAACCAUAAAUAAACACGAUUAAUUUUAUAAGUUUGCAUCUAAAUGAUUAAUUUUCACAUUUUAUAAAGUGUCAUAAAUAAAUGCACGUUUCUAUUUGAUGAGCUAAUAUGUAAUUUUGUCUCUUUUGGCCCUCCGUACUCUAGGUUAACAGCUUCCUGUUUCAUUCCUUCAGUUUGAACCCAGGGUUUAUUUUUCUUCCUCUGAUGAACAGAACCCGACCCGGUAGAACCUGUGGGUAGAACUGUGAGCCUCAGAACCGGUCCGACCCGGGAAACAGUCUGGAUCAGAAGGUCCGGUCCGAUCAUCUGCAUUUUGGGUUUUUAAUGACUCGUUAGGACCAGCUGUGAGGUUCUGAUCCGGUCAGGCUGUGGCUGGUAUCGGACCAGUUCUGAUGGGCAGAACUGGGAGUGUGGGGAGGAGGUUCAGAACCAGUUUGGAUCGGGCCAGCCAACCAGUUAGCCACUGGUCCGAGGAGGAAAACCGGCCCACAGCAUGAUGCUGCCACCACCGUCUCCAAAACAGAGACACCCCAGUUAAUCUCCACUGUGGAGCCAAACAUCUCAGCAUCCAACCAAACAUCCAACCAAACAUCCAUCCAUCCAUCCAACCAAUCAUCCAACCAAACA